GGUCCAUUGCUGAUCCGGGAAGGUGACAUUUCGACGCCAAGAACAACCGUUUCACACUCAAAUGAGAGAAGAAGACAUCGUUUAUAACAACGAUGUCUUCUUUAAGGAGUGUUAUGGGGGUUUUACGAGGCGGGGCACAGCUUUUGCGACGUGGGCCACAGAAGAUUACAUUCAGAAAGGCCAGCGGUGGACCCCAUAUAGAGCCACAAUACAGGCAAUAUCCCCAACUAACGAAGAAACAGAAGUUUGAGUCAGAGUUCCUUAGUGCUGCCAUGUGGUUUUGGAUACUCUGGCACUUCUGGCAUGAUCCCGACGCAGUGCUGGGUCACUUCCCAUGGCCUGAUACCUCAGCAUGGACAGACGAGGAGCUUGGGAUCCCACCAGAUGAUGAGGAAUGAGAUUACCCACCUGGCAGUCCUCCUGGCCACUGGGCGAGUCUUCGUGCUCGUCAUCAGGAAACGUUAAGGUGUUGUUGUACAUAGAAAAAUAAAAUGACUAAUUGUAAAUUGUUCAAAUUG